AUGACCGUUCCGAAGAGAAAGGCCAUUCGUAGAAUGGCGAAUCUUCUUCCGCCACUCAACUUCCUUACAUUGCAUCACGCCUACUUCAUUGUCAUGGGCCUGAUAUGGAGCGUGAUAUUCUGGGCGGCAGCAAGCCCGGUUCAGACCGUCAGGUAUAUUGACGCCCUCUUUCUCUGCGUCAGUGCAAUGACUGGAGCCGGCUUAAACACUAUCAAUCUCUCUACCGUCAACUCAUUUCAGCAAGCUAUUCUAUUUGGCCUCAUUGUUCUGGGUCAUCCUAUUCUUAUAUCAAGUACGGUUCUCUUCGUCCGUAAGCGUGCUUUUGAGUCCAGAUUUCGGAGCAUUGUUCAGGCGGGUGAACGGCGUCGUUUAGCUGCACUCCAAGGAGUUAACUUGCCUAAAAUUGAAAAGAGGGUCCUGACAGGAGAAGGAAACAAUGCGUGUCCUAUAAAUGGAGACUCGGCUGGGAACCGUGAAACAACUGAUGGCCCGAUCCAACUGUCCUCCGAAACUGGUCAAACGAAUACUCAGACGCACUCGCAGAGUGACAUGAAUGAUGCAGAUGCUAUCAGAUGGGCUGACGAUGAUCAACUCACCAUUCAAUCAAGAUCACGGAAUAAAAUUAGACAUCGGGUAUUUCCAAUGGCUGGGGUUGGCGCACGCCCAGAUGCAAGAGACCCAAAAGAUGCCGCACCUAGCUUCGUUGCUGAUGAUGAACGAAGAUCAUCUCUGCUCGAAAUUAUUACCAGAAAUCCCCAGAAAUACUUUGCUUCGAAGGGAUUGAUAUCCCGCAACUCGCAGUUUCAUGGUCUUACAGCCAGCGAGCGCGAUAAGCUCGGCGGAGUGGAAUACAGAGCGAUAUGUUUCCUCUCCAUCAUCGUCCCUCUAUACUUUGUCCUGUUCAAUGUCCUAGGAUUUAUAGGGUUGGGUACAUGGUUCGCUGUCAAUCGACCUAGUGUUGCUCGCGAAAAUGGGCUGAGUCCAUUCUGGACCGGCUCAUUCCUGGCUAUAUCUGCCUUCGGAAAUAAUGGCAUGUCAUUGCUGGACGCAAACAUGACUGCUUUGCAGACCUGCUCCUAUGUACUUCUUACUAUGGGGUUACUGAUUCUCGCUGGAAACACGCUAUAUCCUUGUUUCUUGCGAUUCAGUAUAUGGACUAUGAAACAUGUCUUACCUCGAACCAAGUGGUGUGAAGAGUGGAAUGCUGUUCUUGACUUUAUAUUGGACCAUCCACGGCGAGUGUAUACCCAUCUUUUCCCGAAACGGCAUACGUGGUAUCUCCUCGCAACGAUAAUCCUUUUCAACGGCAUUGACUGGGCUGGUUUCGAAGUCCUAUCUAUAAACAACACAGCCGUAGAGAUUCUUGGUGGAUACCGCGUCUUAGACGGCCUUUUCCAAGCUUUCGCUGUGCGGUCUGGGGGCUUUUACGUGGUCACAAUUGCUGACUUGCACCAGGGCUUGCUCGUUCUCUAUGUGCUGAUGAUGUAUGUUUCUGCGUUUCCGGUUCUGGUCACCAUACGAAACACAAAUGUUUAUGAGGAGCGAUCUCUGGGAAUAUAUGCCGACGAUUAUUUGGCCGAAGAUCAGAGGUAUCACGCUCGCUUGGGCAGUUUUGUUGGCCAUACGAAAGCUAUAAUCUCACAUGGAUCGAACGGAAAGCAGAGUCAAAAAGCCGACAGCAACCCGUCAACGGGCCAAGCUGGCGAAAACAAUACAUCACGAAGUUACUUUGUUCGUCAACAGAUACGUUCACAGCUCAGUCAUGACAUCUGGUGGAUCUGCCUCGCUAUACUGUUCAUUACAAUCGCAGAAGGUCCUCACUUCACAAAGGAUCCAAUCUCAUACUCCACUUUCAACAUUAUCUUCGAAGUAGUCUCUGGCUACGGUUGCGUGGGUAUCUCUGUUGGGCUCCCGGACCAGAAUUACUCUUUCUGCGGCGGUUGGUAUACCAUCAGUAAACUGAUCUUGAUUGCGGUGAUGCUACGUGGUCGACAUCGUGGUCUGCCCGUUGCGAUUGACAAGGCUGUUAUGUUACCUGACGAAUCUUUGGCUUGGGCGGAGGAGGAAGAUGCUGCAAUGAGACUUGAACGCGCUAGGUCUAGGAGUGUUGCGCAGGGCCCCAUUUAUGAUGAAAAGACUGAUGAUAUUGUUUAA